GUCAAGGAGAAUCAUGGGGUCCAGGGCUGAGCUGUGCACUCUCUUAGGCGGACUCUCAUUCCUCCUGCUCCUGAUGUCAGGCGAGGGGGCCAAGGGUGGACCUCUCAAAGAGAGUCAGGGGGUCUGCUCCAAGCAGACGCUGGUGGUCCCGCUCCGGUACAACGAGUCCUACAGCCAACCGGUGUAUAAGCCCUACUUGACCCUGUGUUCUGGAAGGCGUGUCUGCAGCACCUAUAGGACCACGUACCGCGUGGCCUGGCGAGAGGUGAGGAGGGAGGUACAGCAGACCCACGCCGUGUGCUGCCAAGGCUGGAAAAAGAGGCAUCCCGGGGCGCUCACCUGCGAUGAAGCCAUCUGCGCCAAGCCCUGCCAGAACCGAGGCGUCUGCAUCCGCCCCGACCAGUGCGAGUGCGCCCCGGGCUGGGGAGGGAAGCACUGUCACGUGGACGUGAAUGAAUGUAGGACUGGCGUCAAUCUCUGCUCGCACUGGUGCCUCAAUACGGCAGGCAGCUUCACCUGUGGCUGCCCCCAAGGCCUGGUGCUGGGCCCAGACGGGCGCACCUGCGCAGAAGGGGCUCCAGAGCCCCCAACCAGUGCCAGCAUCCUCAGCGUGGCCGUUCGGGAAGCUGGACAGGAUGAGCGUGCCCUGAGGCUGGAGAUUCACGAGCUGCGAGGGCGCCUGGAGCGGCUGGAGCAGUGGGCUGGUCAGGUUGGGGCCUGGGUCCGAGCAGUGCUGCCCAUGCCACCGGAAGAGCUGCAGCCCGAACAGGUGGCAGAGUUGUGGGGCCGGGGUGACAGGAUCGAGUCUCUCAGUGAUCAGGUGCUGCUGCUGGAGGAGAGGCUAGGUGCCUGUGAGUCCCCAUACCUCUCUGCUGGGACCCUCCAUCUCCCAACAAUUGCUCCUGGCUCUUCCAAACACCUUUCCCCAACUCAGUUUUCAUUUUCCAAAACCUCUUCCCCUGCACUCACUUGCCCCAUACUUUCCCCAGACUUCUGAACUUUACCACUCCUUCUUCUGGUACCCUGUCUCCAACUGGGUGGUUCCACUUAUUGUUGGGUGAGCCUGUCAAUGUCUUCAGUGCUCAGGGCCCACUCCAGGCACCCAAGAAAUCCACAGCCAGUGUGUCUGCCUGUCUCCCUGUCAUUAACCAGGCUCUUGUGAGGACAACAGCCUCGGCCCAGGCCUCAAGCGGCAGAGAUAAGGAGCCUCUGCAGAGCCCCUGCCCCCCUAAUUUAUACAGAAACUGGACCCACUAAUCCUCCAAGAUUUGCGGCUGGGGAGCUGCAGAUAAGGUCAUCUGACAUUAAGGAGCAACGAACAAUGGAAACUUUGGAAAGCGGAAGAGAGAAGGCAGGCAGGUUGUCUUGGCCUGCCGAGUCUUCCGGCUGGGGCAGAUGCCUGGGUGAGAACUGCUUUUUUAACUCUUUAACAAACACAGCCAGAAAGUGCCCAUUUCGCUCUCAAUCUUUAUUCUUGGUUUCUUGCUGUUACCCAGAUAAUUAAUAAAAAUCAAUCACGCAAAA